AUGCCUGGAGGAUUUGAGAAGUCAGUAAAAGGGGCCACAAAGCUCAAGCUUGCGGCCCCUAAAUCCAAAUACAUAGAGAAUAUUCUCGUGGCAACUCAUACCGGCGAGGCAGGAGUCGCAGAGGUAUUCCGAACCCUACAGAUACGACUCAGAGACUCGGCAUGGACCAUUGUUUUCAAGGCGCUCAUCGUCCUACAUCUCAUGAUCCGAGAGGGUCAACUGGAUGCUGCGCUGGGAUACUUGUCCGAUAAUCCAAAGAAAAUCGCGCCCAGCAAUUUCUCUGAAGCCCAAUCGCAGGGACAUAAUAUCCGACGAUAUGCCGAAUACCUUAUCACGCGUGCCAAGGCGUUCGAUGCCUGCAAGACGGAUCAUGUACGAAGCGGACCGGGACGGCUGAAGAGAAUAGGCGUGGACAAAGGUCUGCUGAGGGAGACUGAAAUUGUACAGAAGCAAAUUCGUGCGUUACUGCGGUGUGAUCUAUUGACGGAUGAGCCCGAGAAUGAGAUCAGUUUGACCGCGUUCCGUCUUCUCACACUUGAUCUAUUGACUCUAUAUUCAGUCAUGAAUGAGGGCACGAUCAAUGUUUUGGAACACUACUUUGAGAUGUCGCGGCCGGAUAGUGUACGUGCCCUGGCAAUCUACAAGACGUUCACAAAACAAACGGAAGAAGUGGUUCAGUUCUUGGGAGUGGCAAGACAUUUCCAGUCUGCCACCCGCCUGGAAAUCCCGAAGCUUAAGCAUGCCUCCACAGACUUGGCGCGCCUUCUUGAGGAUGAUCUCAACGAUCCUGAUUUCGACCUUCGCCGACGGGAGUACAUGGUCAAGAAAGGUGUACGCGUUCCACCGAGCAUGGAAGCCAGUGCGACUGCAGAUGUAUCAAAGCCAAUGCCGAACCCACCGAUGUCGAACCCGGCGUCAAACCCACCCAAGCAGGCUGAACAACCGAAGCCACCCCCUGUGGAUCUGAUCGACUUCUUUGAUUCAAUUGAGCAGAAUCAACAGCCAAUGGGGCAACAGAACUCAAUGCAGUACCAGCAAACAGGGUUCCAGCAGCAACCGCAGCAAUCAUUCUACCCCCAGCAGACUGGCUUCCAGCAGCAACCCCAGGCGAUUCAGCAGCAGCCUUUGGAAACUGGAUAUGGCCAGCCAACCCAAUAUGGAGCUCCUUAUCAAGCACAGGGCCCAAACAAUCCAUUUGGGCAGCAGCAACAAUCACAACCACAACCACAACCGCCGCAGCCACUUCAAGCCAUGCCAACUGGCGCUGGAUUUGGAGGGUACUCCCCCAGCCGCAGCAGCAUUGCCUCAUUCCCUCAACAACAGCAAGCACCUCAGGCAUUGCAGCCCUUGCAACCCCAGCACACCAAUCCGUUCCGCCAGUCAAUGAUGCUCAACUCUUCCACCGGCGCUCAGCCACCCGCCGCUCCUCUAUCGCGACAGAACACGAACCCAUUCGCGAGACGACUCUCCACCGCAACCCCGCAAUAUACUCCCCCAAACGAGCAAUUCCAGCCUGCGCAGUCCCCACAAGUGCAGCAGCUUCCGCCACAAGUGCAGCCGAUCCAGCCUCAGCGGACGGGAACCAAUCCUUUUGCGCGGGCCUCUCCUGCUCCACAGCAAGCUCUACAGCCCCCAGCCGCUGCUCCCUUGCGGCCUAACCCAACUGGCAGCACCAACCCUUUCCGACAGAGCCAGUUUAUCAACCAGCAGACUGGGCAGGGUUGGCAAAACAGUGGGCAGAGUGGUACAAUGGGUGGAUUAGAACAGCUGGACACGGUGCCGAUCUUCCCGCGCCCCGGCAUGACCUAA